AUGGGCGACAGCAGCAUCGAGGCCGCGUUCGGGGCCGCCAUUGACGCGGGCAAGAUCCAUGGCGCCGUCAUCUGCGCGGCCGACGCGACGGGCCGCUUCGUGUACGACAGGGCCCUCGGCGAGCGCACUCUUCUGUCCGGCGAGAAGCGUCCAGAGCAGCUCGACGACGUGCUGUACCUGGCGUCGGCCACCAAGCUCAUCACUGCCGUCGCCGCCAUGCAGUGCGUCGACGACGGGCUCCUCACGCUGCGGGGCGACGUGGCGGCGCUCGCGCCCGAGCUCGCAUCCAAGCAGGUCCUCACGGGCUUCUCCGGCGAAGGCGACGCCGAAGCACCGGUGCUCGAGCCUGCGGCGCGGCCCAUCACGCUCGAGAUGCUGCUCACGCACAGCUCCGGCGCGAGCUACGACUUCCUGAGCCCGGCGGUCGGCAAGUGGCGCGAGCGGUUCGCGCCGUACCCGCCCGAGGGCGUGCGCCGCCCCGUCGAGGAGGCCUUCAGCUACCCGCUCGGGUUCCAGCCCGGCGCCGGCUGGAUGUACGGGCCCGGGCUGGACUGGGCCGGCCGGCUGGUGGAGCGGGCGACGGGCCGCACGCUCGGGGAGCGCAUGCAGGAGCGCAUCUUCACGCCGCUGGGCAUCAACUCUGCGCAGUUCUAUCCCGUGACGCGUGAGGACCUACGCGCGCGCCUCGUCGACCUCAACCCGCAGGACCCCGAGGCCCUUGGUCGGGCGCCGCUCGGGGGCGGCGGCGACAUGAACAAGCGCAGCGAGGGCGACUUUGGUGGCCACGGGCUCUUCAUGUCGGGUGCCGACUUCGCCAAGGUGUUGCGGUCGCUGCUGGCCAACGACGGCAAGCUGCUGCGACCCGACACCGUCGACGACAUGUUCGAGCACCACCUGAGCCCCGAGGCCACCGCGGGACAUGCGGCCGCCCUAGCCAGCCCGGCCGGCAUCUUCUUUCGCGUCGGCGUCGACCCGGGCACCAAGAUGGGCUACGGGCUGGGCGGCCUCCUGACCCUCGAGAGCGUCGACGGCUGGUACGGCGAGCGCACCAUGACCUGGGGCGGCGGCAUGACGCUCGCCUGGUUCAUCGACCGCUCCAACGGGCUGUGCGGCGUGGGUGCCGUCCAGGCAGCGCUGCCCCUGGAUGCCGCCGUCGUGGGCGAGUUGAAGCAGACGUUCCGACGUGACGUGUACCGCAAGUAUGCUGCCUGGAAGGAGGAGCAGCAGCAGCCGCAGCAGUAG